AUGUCCGUGUUAAUUGAGACGACGCUGGGCGCGCUGGUGCUGGAUUUGUUUGUGGCAGACUGUCCCAUUGCGUGCACGAACUUCCUCAAACUGUGCAAGACCAAGUACUACCAUGGCUGUCUCUUCUUCAACGUGCAGGAGAAGUUCAUGGUGCAGACGGGCGACCCGACGGCCACGGGCCGCGGCGGGGUGUCGAUCUAUGGCCAAUUGUAUGGCCCCCACGCGCGCUUCUUUGAGGACGAGUUGCCACAACGAAGUGGCCGGUCGCACGACGACCGACGGGGAUUGGUCGGCAUGGCGUCGGGCUCGGCGAAUCAGAACGCGUCCCAGUUUUACCUCACCACGCGGGCCCACGAUAUGGCAUAUUUAGAUGCGACGCACACUAUUUUUGGCGAAGUGGCCGAAGGACUGGACGUGCUGGACCGGAUCGAUGCGUUAUUUGUGGACAAGGACUAUCGACCGUACCAGGACGUGCGGAUCAAGCACACGUAUGUGCUCGAGGACCCGUUUCGUGACUUGGAAGGACUGGACAAACUCGUGCCGCCCUCUUCGCCCUGUCAUGUGAAGCCGCAAGAGGAACAGGUGGAGACUCGACUGGCAGCAGACGAGGUAUUGGACGAGCAGGACGGGCGAACCGAAGAAGAGCUGGAAAAGGCCGUGCGGGCGAAAGAGGCCCAGUCGCGGGCGGUGGUGCUCGAGAUGAUUGGCGACCUGCCCGAUGCCGACGUGAAGCCGCCGGAAGAAGUGCUGUUCGUGUGCAAGUUGAACCCCGUGACCGAGAGCGAGGACCUCGACAUGGCCUUUUGUCGCUUUGGGCAGUGCAAAGCCGACGUCAUUCGCGACCACAAGACGGGCGAGUCGCUGUGCUUUGCGUUUGUCGAGUUCACCGACCGACGCCACUGCGAAGAGGCGUACUUCAAGAUGAACAACGUCUUGCUCGACGAUCGUCGCAUUAAGGUGGACUUCAGCCAGUCUGUGUCCAAGCUAUGGAACAAAGUCAAGCGACGACCGUGGGAGAAGCCGACCAAGCGCGAUGGUGACGCGAUGACUACCGACAGGAACCAACGCGGACGUACGAACAAGAGUGGCGCUCGUGCUGCUGGCGGGGGAAGAGGACGUCGGGAGCUUGGAGGGCACUUGACGAUCAAGUCGCGUGGCACGGACGACUUCAAGCUCGUGGAGGAAGAGGAAGGCGUGUCGUCGCCGUCGUUGCACGGAUUGAAAGUAGUGUCUGCUCGAGAGAAUCGCCGACCCAGUCGUCCGUCGGACAGGCGCAGCGAAAGGGACUCGUCUCGGGUAAAGCGAGGAACGAGUCGCAGUCGUCGACGUCGAAGCGCGAGCCACGAGCGACACGAGCGACGACACCGAAGCCGUGAUCGGAAACAAAGUCGAAGUCGACGCCGUAGCAGCAGUCGUGCGCGGGAUCGAAGUCGGAGUCGUAGCAGCAGUCGUGCGCGGGACCGAAGUCGUGAUCGUGACCACCGCUCUCGACGAUAA